GCGGAGGCCGUGCGGGGAGCGCUUAGUCUCUCACUCAGGUCCCUCCUCCCUCUCCCUCCCUCCCUCCCUCCCCCGCCCCCCAGCACCCUCGCCCCGCGCGGCGCUUCAGACGCCGGACUGUCCCAGCCCCGAUAUGGCUCGUGGACAGCAGAAGAUUCAGUCUCAGCAGAAAAAUGCCAAAAAACAAGCUGGACAAAAAAAGAAACAAGGACAUGAUCAGAAGGCUGCUGCUAAGGCUGCCUUGAUAUAUACCUGCACUGUCUGUAGGACACAAAUGCCGGACCCUAAGACCUUCAAACAGCACUUUGAGAGCAAACAUCCUAAGACUCCACUUCCUCCAGAAUUGGCUGAUGUUCAGGCAUAAAGUUGUUUACAGGUGAAUUCAUGGCACCUAUUGACUCUUCUACUAUCUCAGACCUUAGGUAACAAACCUGCAGCUGCUUUUCUAACAAACUGUUGAUCAGCAAAAAUAAAGGGGCUACAGAAACUCAUUUUUAUGCUGUUCCCUUUUGGGCUUCAUGCAAAGACAAUUCUGUGUAAAUGUACAGUUGGGCCUUGAUUUGGAAAUUCUGAAAAUCAGUCCAUCCUUGUUAUAAAAAUUUUUUUACAAUUGUAAUUAUAUUGAUGUUCAUAUUGUGUAAAAUAACUCAUUUAAUAAAGUAGUACUUUGAUUUUACAACAUCACAGGA